AAUGGAUCACGAAUACUUUUCACGAAGUAGAGCUGACAAAUAUGGGCUAAAUAAUGCCCUUAAGCAAAGAACACAACAGUUUUGGAAGAAGAACAAUUUUACUGAUAAAAGAAAUCUUCACUCUUCCUUCACCUUUCGGAACCUUGGGAUAACUAUGCACAAGAGCCAGAUAAAGGAAAUGGCUCAGAAGCAUAAGCUUGGUCCAUUUUCCUCCCUUGGUAGGAAAGGAAGCACUGCAUUAAAGGCUCAAAAGAAAAUUUUGGAAAAAGAUUUUAUCAAGAGUCCAAACAGGUCAAGAAAAGUAGAUAAUAAUUCAAGAAGGAUUACCUCUCUCACCGAAUUACAGAAAUAAGGAAAUAAUUGAUAGGGAUGAGAUUAGGAUCUUCUCUCCAAUACUGAAUUUCAAAAAGCCGCACUUCAACAACGCAAGGUACGAUCAUGAGGAAGCUAAAGGGAAACUGAAAUAAAUCUGACAAACUAGACCUAGUUCAUAAGAAAUCUAAGAAGGCUCAAUAUUUAAAGCCUAGCCCUUCUCUAAGCCAAUCUCCUGUCAAAAGUAAAGAGAGCAAGCAGUUUAUCAAGAAUAAGAAUUUUAGUCCAGAACCCAGACCGACUCAGGACAAUCUCUUUCCUUCUCUUGGGACUUCCUUGACACAAAAUAAAAGAGCAUUGAAAUAAAAAGAAGCUAGAGCCUAUCAAAACUCUCCAGAAGUGGCCAUCAAAGAAGCUUCUUAUUGGAGAUACUUAUAUCAGGAAAUUCCAGGCGUCAGAGAUUGCCACAAAAAAUCCAAGUGUAACUGAUCUUAUAGUAGCUACUCCGCUGACCAAGAGCCUGGAUGCUAAGGCUCUCAGGAGAAAAUUUUCUAAUAAGGCUUUUAGAGUGGGGAAUGUACUAGAAAAAACAGCAACCAACCGGGGAACUUUCAAUUACCUCAAUGAGGAAACUGAUGACAGCAUUUCAACGGAAGAACUUGAAUCAGAGAGCAGCCAACAGCUCUUUAUCGGUAAAUAUGACUCGUUCAUUAUUCACUUUGACGAGGAAUCCAGGACCAUUAUCUCCAAAAGAGUCAGAGACAGAGAAAUUCGAUUUGGAAAUCUUUCUCUAGGAGACGAUUUUAUUUGAAAGUUUGCUGAUCAACUUAAAAAGGACCACAAUAUUCAUAAAAUUUUGAUAAAUAACAAUAGGAUAACUAGUCGAGGAGCUAUGGCCAUCUUGAAUAAGGUAUCGUACUCGACUAACUACCUGAAUCUCUCAGGAAAUCCGGAUAUAAAGGUCGACUCCUACAAGUUCUUAUCCAAGUAUGUACUUCAAGAUUACAGGAAGAAGAUAGUUCACCUAAACUUAGAAGGUAAUUCUAUGGGAGAUUACUCUAUUGGAAUCAUCUGAACUACUCUUGCUGAUGAUUCAUACAUUAAGUAUCUUAAUCUAAGCAAAAACUGUAUAACUGACAGAGGGGCAGCCGCCCUUGGAUAUCUCAUAUACAACAACCGCUCCAUAGCUUCUUUGUUCGUUAGUUGGAAUGAGUUCAAAGGAGAGGGAGGCAAACAUAUUGCUGAUGGCUUGAAAGAGAAUGCACAUAUAAAAGUGUUCGACAUGAGCUUCAACUCUAUUGGUUCAAUGCACUUUCAGAAGCACAACUGCAUUAAAUACUUUUCUGAGGCCUUUAAGAUCAAUAAUACACUUGUGCAUGUUGAUAUGUCUUAUCUUGGUUUGAUCAAGAAAGACCUUGAGUUAUUAAAUCAAGGUCUUAAGCACAAUCAUUCGAUAUUGGGCAUUCAUAUGUUAGGAAAUGAAGGAGGAGUUGAUUCAUUGGGAUACCUAUCCACAGACCUAGACCCUCCUAGCUCCUCUCAACUGAUUUCCACCAUUAGUCCUAUGCUGAAAGCUGGAGAAGUUGAUCCAAAAUAACCUAGACCUUCAAAGAUGAACAAACUGUUGGAUUUGUGAAGGAUGGACUCCUAUUACUUUCAGGUUCAUUCACAAAAAUUCAAGCCAUCCACAUAUAAAAUUAAAGGAGAAAGCGACUGUGCUUCUCCAUCUUGGCAUCGAUAACUUUGAGCCUGACAUAAUGUAUCCUGAUAAGGAUAACCCUGGAGAGUAUUACAAAGUGCGGAUGGUUCCAGCUACAGAUACUUACUUCUAUUUCACAGUGGAUGAGCUUCCCCAAGUCAGGACAGAUAUUGACACCAUUGCUUGAGAUUCAAGCAAAAUUCCUAGAAUAGAGAAAAUAGAAGAACGGAACGCUACAAUGCCUUGGAAAGUCAAUGCCAUGCUCUGAGGCCCUCAGAAUCAGAUCGUCAUUUACUGUGACCUUCUUGAAAAUUUGAAUUGACUUCCCAGACCCAAGAAGUUCAAAGCUAAGAAAAAGAAACAACUCAAAAUAAAGCCAAAAUUUGAGAUCUCAAAAUCUGUGUUCAAAAAGUACCAGAAUGAAGGGACAAAGCUCAUUGAAAGAUGCUUUGAAUUUGACUGGAAAUGCUCCAAGAUAGAGAAGGUCAUUAAAAGUGAAGAAGAGAGAAUCCUUAUUAAAUAAGUACCUCAAAUCAAACUAUCGGAUAAUCAGAGAAGCUUAUAAGUACUUUGCAGGAAUCUCUCCUUGUGGAAUAGUUCCAGGUAUCGGCCAGAACGCUUUCAAUGAGAUCGUCAAUGCUACUCAUAUCUGUGACAAUAAGAGACUGAAACUUGCUGAUAUAGACUUUGAGUUUAUCGUGACUAAAUCUGGUAAUAAGUAAAGCACUUAAUCCAGAAAGAUGGCUGAUAAGAUAUCAGUUCAUGGAGAUAUUCGUCAGGCUUGCUCUCCACAUGUACUUCAAGUCUAAAAUAGUUGAGACACAGUCUGAAUCAGUAGUCAAAUUAAUGGAUGAAAAGAUAAUGCCAUUCUUUAACAAAUUUGAUUGCCACAAGUGGAGAGUUGAGCAUUUAUGGAAUCUUGAAUGUGAAACAGUCUUAAUUAAAUAUAUCGGAGUCCUUCAAAGAGUUUAUAAUAGGUACUCUGGGAUGUACACCUUACCUGGAAGAGUCAAGUUCAUGAGCAUCGAUGAAUUCAUUACUCUUAUUAAUGAUUCUCAAGUACUUUCAAACGAAGUAGGUGUCGGAAAUUCUGAACUUGGGGCUCAAUUCAACCUCUCAAUGAGUACUCAAGUUGAUGAAGUUGAGAAAGAUCGUCAUUGCCAAAUGAUGUUCUUUGAAUUCUUGGAAGCCAUAGCUAGAGUAUCUUAUAAAAUAUCAUCUUUCCCUGAUGUGGAUAAACAAAUCUUGUUCAAAAAGGAGAACGGGAAAAAGGAAGCUAGCAUGAUGAGAAACAGAGGCAGCUCUUUAGACACAUCGGACUCUGAAGAUGUCACCAAAGAAGAGGUGAAAGAAGAUGCUAUUGAAAAAUACUAUAAUGCACUAGUAAAACCCUUGCAUGUCAAAAUUGAAAUCUUGAUCAAAUAUCUCCAAAUAUGUGCUUUGGAGGGUAGAGACAUCAACAUGCUUGAAGGGAAAGAUAAUAGUUUCGAUAAAUAACCAAACCUAGUUUCAAUA